AUAUAUAUAUAUAUAUAUAUAUAUAUAUAUAAAACCUAGCAGUAAUUGUUAACUUCCCAAGGAAUAUCAGAUUUCAAAUUGUUGGUGAGCCCAUACCAGAACUUAAUUUUCAACAGUGAGUGGACGAUGUAUGUUGAGCAAUGUAAGACUAGAAAGAUAAGCAAGCCAAUUGUGCAAUAAAUACCUGAAUUCUCAUUUUUGGGCGUUCGCCUCUUUCGAGCCUUCUCGCGUGCCGUAUGUUUCCAAGGCAACGUCGAUGCAGCCAUUGUUGAUGGCUGACGGGUUGUGGAAGAGUCAAAGCUCACGACGCUCUUCUCCAACGUCUCUUCCUUCUCUCCUCGUCCAGCUCCAAAAAACAAAUGCGUGGGUACAUGAUGACUUUGGAGUUUCGUUUUUUUCUUUCUUUUUAAGUCGACUCAGUUGAGCGCUAAAAUGGCGCCGAAGCUACAUUUCGCCUCCUGCUAGCGUUACCCUUUUACUUUUAAAAAGGUAGUUCAGUAAGUAGAUUUGAGUUGUCAUUCGUUCAAGGUUUGGCUACAAACGUGAGCAAUGGAUUGCGCUUCAUUUUGUUGUAGUCUGACGUCAUAGCGGACAGGAGACUCAUGUGUUUUGACAAUAACUUUGCCAUAAGGACGAAGAAGAAAAGAGUGACGUCAUCCGACAAGAAGGGAAAUAAAAGCAAGAAGCUGUUUGGUCUUCAUCUUCAACAGAAUCUCAUCUUCAAUAAACUCUGACACCAGGCAAACUGAACAUGUGACCUUCAAGUUGGCUGAGAAUGACCCUUGUUCCUGUUUUGGGUUUGGCGGUCCCCCUACCUGCCAUCAUUAUGGCUGGCGUCACUCUCUACAUGCUGGUGCUGGCUCUCGUCCUCUGGAUACGAUUCUGCCUCAAGGAGCGCUGUCCGCCGUUGUGCGGCUCCUGCUGUCCCGACUUCUCCGUGUGGGAUCAGUGCUUCCGACUGGCGCAGUCGUGCGACUGUCGACUGCCUACGCUGCGCUCGUGUCUGAUGGACGUCGGAUCGCCCCCCUCGUGUUCCAGCUGGGACUGCGCAUGCACGUGUCAGCCCCCCGAGUGCGAGUCGUGCAACUGUCUGUGCUUCGAGAUCCGUAUCAAGUAGUGCGCAGCAAGAACAUCAUUCAACACAAAUGCUACGUAUUAAACCAUUUUUACAAUUCUACGCUGCCAAGGACAUUUUAGCUGAAAUGGACUGAACGGGAGAAGACGUCAACGUGCCAUCUUUGUCAAGAUUUGGAAGGAUUUUUCUGAGCUCAAGAAAGUGGCUUCACAAUAGUGCCAAUGACUUUGUUUCCUUUGACCCUUUGAGCACAUUUGUCUCAGUUCAAGUCACCAAAAAAUAUUUUAUUUUUUCUACCUUUUACAUUAAACGCGGAAAUGUUGAAA